GCCAUUCCCAUUGCAAUCAGCCCCCACCUUCUUCCCAGCGGGAGGGACCGGAGCGAAUUAGUUCUGCCUCAAAUGACGUCGCCGUGCGCCUCGUGUCACGCCUGACCAUGAGCCAAACCCUCUCCUAGGCCAGCCCCCCCGGGACCUGCGUGGGAGCAGGAAACCCCACACUCAAUUUGGCCUCCUCCUCGGUGGACGACCUGUACAAAGGCUGCGAGUAUGCCAUGAGGCAACAUCUCCUGUCCCUGAUCACUAAGGAGCUGACCAAGAACAAGAUCUUCUACCUGGCUUGGGACAAGGCCAAGAAGGAGUGGAUGAGGAAGACAAAUACGUACACCUUCCCCAACACAAUGAAAGCUUUCUGCAGCGUCGCCGUGGUGGCCUACACCUUAAACAACCCGCCUCUGUACAGGGACUUCAACGCGGCCACCCGGACGGGCUGGAUGGGACCCAGCGCCUACGCCAGGUACCCCUUCAAGGCCUUGCAUUUCCUGCUGACCCAGGCGCCCAAAGAGAUAUGGGGGAGAAAGCCCACUUGUGCCACCGUCUACAGAGGAACCAACGAAAAAUUCGACGUCAAGGACUUGUUCCGCUUCGGCCAGUUCACCUCCACCUCAACGAGCUCGAAGAAGGCGGGCAAUUUCGGCCACAGGACCUUCUUCGUCCUGGUUUCCUGCACGGGGUACGGGGUUCAAGGCCUGUCCUACUUCCCUUAUGAACAAGAGGUGCUGGUGCCGCCUUCCGAGAUGUUCCGGGUCACCAGGAUCCAGGGCACCUUGACGAGCGAGACUGUCCACGCCACGUCGGUGGGGGUCUGCAGCAACCACAACUGUGCCUACACAGGGAGAGGAGACCCCAAUGUGAAGAAAUGCCCUCGUCACCAAGUGCUGCAUUUGUGAGGCACCGGAGCGAGGAGGGGAGGCCGCCUUUGGCCAGGAGCUGCAG